AAACAAAGUUGUUUGUUUGUUUGUUUACUGAACUGCAUGGUUUGGCUUAGAGGUUCAAGAGGAGGAACAAGAGGAGGUUCAGGAGGAGGUGCAGCAUGAUGGAGAGGCUCCAGAAGAGGAAGCAGAGGCUCUAGAAGAGAUCAUACAAGAACAGGACGGUGAAGAUGAGACAGAAGACGGAGGAGAGGAGGCUAAACGUAAAAUCCUUAAGCCUUUUGUGUUGCCAAACCUGGUGCCCCCAAAGAUUCCAGAUGGAGAAAAAGUUGAUUUUGAUGAUAUCCACCGUAAGCGCAUGGAGAAGGACCUGAACGAGCUCCAGACACUCAUAGAAGUUCACUUUGAAAGCCGUAAGAAGGAAGAAGAAGAACUGAUCAGCCUUAAAGAACGAAUUGAGAAACGGCGUUCGGAGCGGGCAGAGCAGCAUAGGAUCCGGAGCGAGCGUGAGAAGGAACGUCAGAAGCGUUUGGAGGACGAAAGAGCUCGGAAGGAGGAAGAAGAGGCCAAAAAGAGGGCGGAGGACGAUGCCAAAAAAAAGAAGACGCUUACCAGUUUGCACUUUGGUGGCUACAUGCAAAAGACGGACCGGCGGGGUGGAAAGAAACAGACUGAGAGAGAGAAGAAAAAGAAGAUUCUUGGUGAUCGUCGCAAACCUCUGGACAUUAGCAAUGCCACUGAAUCUGUUCUCAGGGAAAAAGUCACAGAACUCUGGACUUGGAUGCGUGAACUAGAAGCAGAGAAAUUUGAGUUAGAGUAUGAGUUUAACAAACAGAAAUAUGAGAUCAACGUCCUGAGGAACAGAGUCAGUGACCACCAGAAAACGUCAAAGAGAACCAAGAGAGGCCUGAGGAAGUGAACCUGUAUUGAAGAGCUGAACUCCUCACUAACCCACAGAGAGCUGCAUAUACUUUACCCAAAAUAAUUAACGUUAAAUUGAAUAUCGUAAUUUAUAAAAAACCCAAUGUUAAAAUAAUUGUCUGUCUGGGACACACACAUAUAUAUACAUACACGCACAGAAAA